AUGAAGUACUGGGUGCUUUUGGUCGCUGGGAAUGGUAUCGACGUAUCGAGAGAAUUCCUGGUCUGCGAAGGAGGAAAACGGCAUGAAACCCCCCAGUGGCACAUAGCCGGAAAUCGGGCUACAGAAUAUGCUGUAUUGUCUUAUAUAUUCAUUCGUUGGGGAACACAACCAGCGUGCCAUGGCAACGUCUUUAAGUCUCCGACAGACUCGAGCAAGCGAGAAGAUGUCCUUUCUGGUUACGAAGUUGCUAACGAUGAUCACGAGGAGUUCAGUAGGAAGGCCGACGAGGGAAUUAGGCGCUGGUUCAUAGUGGUCCUUCAUUCUUUUCGCUCUGCAUUUGUCGUCGGUUUCAUGUUAAGGAACUGUGAAAAUUCUCGGUAUACCUACUUUCUCAUUGACAAGGAUGGGACUUACGGACGUGGAUGUUGGAGGAAGGACACCCAAGGACCUCCUAACUUAUAUUCAGAGAGUCCGGCACUACAAAGCCGUCAAACCGAGUCUUCAGCCGCUUUCCAAUGUUGA